UUGUCUUUGUAUUACAACACCUUUCAUUCUCUCCCUCGUCUCUUUCUUUCAAGCUGAACUCUCUCUCUAUUUUCGAAAAUUCUUUUUUCUUUGCUCGCAACAAUCCUAGCAUCUCUUUCUUUCAAGCUGAAACUUCUCUCUCUAUUUUCGAAGAAUUUGAUAUUUUUUUGCUCGCAACAAUGGAAGGUGAAGAAGUUGGCCCUGCUAUUGGAAUCGAUCUAGGCACGACCCACUCGUGCGUGGCUGUGUGUAAAAACGGCGGUGUGAAGAUCAUACCCAACGACCAAGGGUACCGUACGACGCCGUCUUAUGUCGCAUUCACUGAUUAUUCCGAGCCUUUGGUCGGUAAUGAGGCCAAGAACCAGGUCGCCAUGAACCCCAGCAACACUGUCUUCGAUGUUAAGCGUCUGAUUGGUAGGAGAUUCAAUGAUUCCUCAGUCCAGAAUGACAUGAAGCUUUGGCCAUUCAAGGUCAUAUCUAGUCCUGGUGAUAAACCCGAAAUUGAGGUCAACGACGGGAAGAAGCAGUUUUCAGCUGAGCAAAUAUCGUCCAUGGUCCUUAAGAAGAUGAUUGGGACUGCUGAGGCCUACCUUGGUACGACAGUCAAGAAUGCGGUUGUGACCGUUCCAGCUUACUUUAAUGACUCUCAGCGCCAGGCAACUAAGGAUGCUGGCUUCAUUGCUGGUCUCGAUGAUGUAAGUAUCAUCGAUGAGCCCACUGCUGCAGCCAGUGCUUAUGGUUUUGACAAGAUGGCAACCAGUACUGUUAGUAAGAAUGUUUUGAUUUUUGAUCUUGGUGGUGGAACUUUUGAUGUCUCACUUCUUACAAUUAGAAAGGGAAACUUUGAAGUGAAGGCCGCAGCUAGUGACACUCACCUUGGAGGAGAGGACUUUGAUAAUAGAAUGGUGAACUUCUUUGUUAAUGAGUUUAAGAGGAAGAACGAGGAUAUUAGUGGGAACCCCAAAGCCCUUAGUAGGUUGAGGACUGCUUGUGAGAGGGCAAAGAGGGAACUAUCAUUCACUACAAGUACCACCAUUGGUAUUGACUCAUUGCAUGACGGUGUUCACUUCAAGUUAGAAAUCAGUCGUGCUAAGUUUGAGGAGCUCAAUAUGGAUCUCUUUAAAAAGUGUAUGGAGCCCGUUGAGAAGUGUUUGAAGGUUGCUAAGAUGGACAAGAGCACUGUCGAUGAUGUUGUCCUUGUUGGAGGUUCUACUAGGAUUCCCAUGGUGCAGCAGCUGUUGCGGGACUUCUUCAAUGGGAAGGAGCUUUGUAGGAGCGUCCACCCAGAAGAAGCUGUUGCCUAUGGUGCUGCUAUUCAGGCUGCUAGCUUGACUCAAAAGGGUAGGGAGGAGGUUCAGGAUCUGCUGUUAUCAGAUGUCACCCCUUGGUCACUUAGGUUGGAGACUGCCAAAGGCGUGACGACUGUCUCGAUUCCAAGAAAUGCCAGCAUCCACACCAAGGUGUCCACUGUGCUCACCUAUCCUAACAACCAACAUGGUGUCUUCUUCCAGGUUUAUGAGGGUGAGAGCACAGGAUCCAUGGACAACUUGCUAGGCAACUUUACGGAUUAUGACAUUCCUCCAGCUACCAAGGGUGAAGCUCAUUUCACUGUCUGCUUAGAAAUUGAUGCCAAUGGUAUCUUAAAUAUUGACUCUGCUAAGGAUGAGGAGCACAAGAUUCUGGCCAACAAUGCUUUGGAGAUGAAGAUUCAGAAUCUGCAAAUAAGCAGUAUGGAGAAAAAUACAGAGAAUAGAAGCAGUAUGGAGCAGAAUCGUACUUGCCCCAAAAACCAUGAUCUCAUGCUAAAGAAUAAUGAGCUCAUGUUAAAGAAAAACUGCAAUGAAUGCAAGUUAGAUAAUUACGAAUGUAAUGGAUGCAAGUUAGACGGCUUUGGAAUGAGAUACAGAUGUGACAAGUGUGACUAUGAUCUUCACUUAGCUUGCAUGCAUAGCCCACCCACCACAACUCACAAGCUCUUCAAAGACUCCAUUUUCAAAUUCUACAAUCAGCUCCCUAGUAACUGCAAGAGGGAUUGUGACGCUUGUGGGAAACAAGUCGAAGGUUUCGUCUACCAUUGCCAUGAAAAAGACUUGGUUUUGCACCCUUGCUGUUGCAACCUCGAGAAUGAACUCGGAUAUGAUGGUAUGAAAUUUCACCUUCGUAAGACUGAGUCAAAGUGCGAAAUGUGCGAUCAAAUUAAAGGGUGUUCUUAUGUGUCGGAGUGUGGCCAACUUAAUAUUCAUGUUUCUUGCAUAUGGAAAAUGUUGGAUGAGUUGUCUUUGGAGAAGAAGGGAAAGUCUUUGGAGAAAUCGGAGCUGCCUAUUCAGCGUCAACAAUUGAAGAGAAAUAAUGGGAUGGGUAAAAUGUUGAAGAUGGUGAAAGCAAUUCUCCGGGCCAUUGUUAGUAUUCUUAUUGGCGAUCCAACAACAAUUCUUGCCAGCGCUCUAGUUGAGUUGGUGACUUUGGUCUUUAAUUAAAUAGAUAAGAGUUUUGUAUUUGUUUUUAUUAGCUGUAAUGUGUGCAGGGCUGGCCCUAGGCGUAGGCCACUUAGGCAGGGCCCGGCUCAAUUUGGUCUUUAAUUAAAUAGAUAAGAGUUUUGUAUUUGAUUUUUAUUGACUGUCAUGUGUGCAGGGCUGGCCCUUGGCACAGGCCACUUAGGCAGGGCCGGCUCAACAGUCCAGAGGGUCUUAAGUGAAAAUUUUAAGUAUAGUUUUUUUAUAUAUAAAUAUUAAUUAAAUAAUAUAUAUUGUAUUUUUU